UGCUACUUAAUUAUUAAAACUACAUUAGUCAUCGUUCAACUUGGACUUUUUUAUAAGAUUUUAGCUUCAGUGAGUGGUUUGUCCAUUAAUUAAUUAUAAAAAUAGGCAGGGACCAGUAUAUAUACAUGUAUGAUUGCCAACCUAGCUUGAAAGCGAAUUGGUUUUAUUAAUCUAUCAUUCGGCUUGGGUGAAAAAGAAAACUUUAUCAAAAUUACUCCCUAUGCCCUAAAAUUAUUGUCUAAUUUGAGAUUCUAUUUUUAGUAUAAUUUGAAUUAGAAUUAAAAAUCUAAAUUGGAUAAACGGAAGGACUACUAUAAAGUGAAGAAAGCUGUAGUCUGGAAAAACGUUUAAUUGAUGCAUAUCCCUUGGAAGUGGGGAAAAGAAAUAUCAUGUUUGAAAAAAGUGUUUAAAAAAAUCCAAAAAGCAUAUCGAGUUUUAAGAAUAAAAAUCUGUUUUUCCUUAGACAAUGAAAACUAGAGCAAAAAGAUUGUGACAUCCUAUCAUCAUGCAUCGAAACGAAGCAGAGACCAGUCCAAGAUAACCGUGUUUCAACGUACUUUGUCUAGUGCGAAAUAGGACACCAUUUAACUUACGAUUUUUUAUUUUUUAUUUUUGGCGCAGUCUACUAACUUAAAAUGAAAAAGAAAAUGCACGUUAACAUGUGGUAAUGUUAAUGAAAAUUAUCUCGUGAUUUUUGUAAAGAAGAAAGUGGUAGGUAUAUUUUAGGAGUAUUUUACAAUAGCACAAAAGGGAAUCUAAAGUACGGUUUGUAAAUGUGGCUCACGUUGUGGUUGUACCGUAGCUUUCAUCUUAAUUAAAUUAUAGUCAAUUCAUGGCUGCUAACCCAAAUAAUUGUCCUAUUUACCGAUCAAACGUUUUUAAUCUUUCACCACUUUAGAGUUUUGACACUAUAAAUAGGUCAGAGGUUGAAGCAUCAUAUGAUUGUACCAAAAGGAAAAACACAAAGUUUGCAAAAAACCUUAGGAAAAAAAAAAUAUACUCGUAUUAAAUUACCCCUUGCAGAAAUGAAGAUCGCUAUCACAGUUGCAGUGAUGAUGCUUUGCUGCUGCAUGGCCAUGGCGGCGGCCGUGCCACUUCAGGCAGUUCCGAUGGAGUACAAGACCGUCAGUUUUGACGGAAAAGAAGCCGUCGAAGCCGUUGACCCGCAGAGCCCGGAAGCCGUGGAGAGGUGGUUCCGUUACACCCUGCCUUACUCAGCACCCAAGUUGACCACCUUCAAAUUCUACUACCACGAGAACCGGGUCGCCGCCACUCCCACCGCCGUCGAAGUUGCCCGGGCCAACAUCACCGCCACCUCUCCCACCAUGUUCGGGUCAACCAUGGUCAUUGACGACCCGUUGACCGCCGGCCCGGAACCCGAUUCCCUGCUCGUGGGCCGGGCUCAGGGGCUUUACAGCGCCGCGAGUCAAGAGGAACCCGCCUUCAUCCUGACGUUCAACGUAGUUUUCACCGCCGAACCGUUCAAAGGAAGCACUCUCAGCAUCAUUGCCCGGGACGCCAUCACGAAUACGUACCGGGAACCGUCCAUAGUGGGCGGGUCGGGUGUAUUCCGGUUGGCCCGGGGAGCCGUCUCUACUCACACUUACUCCCUUGACCAGGCUACCCUCAACGCUGUGGUUGAGUACAACGUGUUUGUCAUCCACUACUGAUCAUCUCACACGUACGAUUAUUGUUGUUUUGAAUAAAAAAGUUGACCAAUUUCAGACUUCAGAGCUAUCGGAUUUCACAGCUGUCAGGCCAAAGUAGUCGGUUUAUCCUUUAUUCCACAAUUCAUUUGGUCAUUCGAUGGCAAAUAAUUCCAUUAAUAUCUAAGUCAUUCCACUCCAAUAUAGCGAUUGUGUUUUAUUUGUGUUUAUUGAGAGUAUGAUUUAUUUGAGUAGACUUAACAUUAUUUUUUAUUUUUUAUUUUUUGUGUUUAUUGAGAGUAUGAUUUAUUUGAGUAGACUUAACAUUAUUUUUUAUUUUUUAUUUUUU